GUCCCUUUCGGCUGUUAGGUUUGUGAGCAGAGCGCAUGAAGCGCACCAGACACACAGGGCUCAUCCUCUCAAGGUGUCAGACAGAGACAUGCAGCGGUGACCCACGCGAGACUGGGUAAAUUACGCACGGUUGUUUGGCACAAGCUUGGAAGAAAAAGAACAGAGAAGACAAGAGACACGCGUUCUCCUCACGAUGACGGCUAAAACUCUGGAGAAGAUGCCGGUGAAUCUCGGGGGGUUCGUGCAUCCCGUGGCCGAGAGCGUGUACUCGGUGGAUGACAGCCUGCCGACCUCUGUGGCAAUCUUCCCCAAUACAGACAUAGGAGCGCAUUACGACCAGAUUAAUGUGGGAGCAGACGGUUUGAUGAGCGCAGACAAGCCCUCUCUGGACCUCUCCCCCUACUCCAGUGGCUUCUCUCAGCCCGCGUCCCACCGCAACCAGACCUUCACCUACAUGGGAAAGUUCUCCAUCGACUCUCAGUAUCCAGGUAACUGGAACCCCGAGGGAGUGAUCAACAUCGUCUCGGGCAUCUUCAACGUCGCUCAGCCGCCGCCACAUCCUCCUCCUCCCUCCUCAUCAGCGUCCUCCUCCCCGGCUUCUUCUGGAUCUCCCAGUCAUUUCUCCGGCGGAAAUUUGAGUUGCACCAUGGCGGCUCCGAGCCAAGCAGAGAUGGAGCAUCACCACCACCUUUACUCGCCACCGCCUCCUUACUCCUCCUCUGGCUGCGCGGAGAUGUACCAGGACCCCUCCGCUUUUUUGUCCACUUCCACCUGUCCUAUCGCGUCCUACCCGCCACCCUCCUACUCUUCUCCAAAGCAGCAUGUCGGCUCAGACGCGCCGGGGCUUUUCCCCAUCAUUCCCGACUACCCGGGUUUCUUCCAGCCAGCUUGCCAGCGGGACAUGCACACGACAGGUAUCCAAGAUCGGAAACCGUUCGGUCCAUGUCCACUUGAUUCCUUUCGCGUCCCUCCACCCCUGACCCCGCUGAACACUAUCAGGAACUUUAAACUGGGCGGUCCGGGUGGUGGCUCCGAUGGAGGGCCACUCCCGAGGCUCCCAUCUGCCUACAGCCCACAGAACUUGCCCCUGAGGCCGAUCCUGCGGCCCAGAAAGUACCCGAACAGACCCAGCAAGACACCUAUCCACGAACGGCCGUACCCUUGUCCUGCGGAGGGCUGCGACCGGCGGUUCUCUCGCUCUGACGAACUUACCAGACACAUUCGUAUCCACACUGGACACAAGCCGUUCCAGUGUCGGAUAUGUAUGCGCAACUUCAGCCGCAGCGACCACCUCACCACGCACAUCCGCACGCACACUGGAGAGAAGCCGUUUGCCUGCGACUUCUGUGGCCGGAAAUUUGCCCGGAGCGACGAGAGGAAGAGACACACUAAAAUCCACCUGAGGCAGAAGGAGAGGAAGUCUUCCACUGUCUCCUCCUCCUCAUCGUCCGGCAACUCCGGAACAACCAACGGGAUCUGUCCAUAGUUAGUAAACUUUGCUGUCACCGUGGCCGCGUGGCGCACACUAACCAUCGAAUAAUGAUUCUGAAACUGUUGUGAACUAAACAUAGCAGCCGAAACACCAGGAUGAGAAUGAACAAGAACUUAUGUGCAGCCGUGCGCAAUUACGCACAGCAUGCACCCAUACCUGCUCCAGAAGUGACAUAUGCACUUUGCCUGCACAGUCUACUGAACAUAGAAGUAAAUAUAGCCAUUAUUUCAUAAGAAUAUAGAAGGGCAGUUGUAAUAAAGGGGAUUUUUAAUAUACUGCCACACUUACUGAGCGCGCAAGAAGCAGCGUGCUUAAAUGUGAAAUAACCGCAAUAAUGUUUGAAAUAAAGGAGAAAGUUUUAAGUUAUUAAGUUGACAAAGUGUUGAUCCUAACAUUGUUGAUGAUGACUAUAUUUCCUCCUUAGUGCCUUGCUGCGUGUCUUUUUGUACGUUGAUUCAAGGACGCUCCUAACUCAUUGUGAAUUGGUCUUUAAUAUGUACAGUGGAGACUUUCUAUUUUUCUACACGUUUGGUGUAACUCCAAGUGUUGAGUCGUUGUGGUUCACGUGUAAAAACCAUGUUGGAAUGUAAAUAUGUUGAACUAAUACCGACUUGACAUGUUUGUUGUGUUGUGUGUUUUGAGACUUAUUAAAUGUGUGAGGAUGUUAAACACA